AUGGAGACUGCGAUAAAGAUAUUCAAUAAGGUGUCAAACGUGCUUGGAAUAGAAUGGGCUCCAAUAAACACCCCGAGGACUCGUCGCCUACAAACCCUGGGCGCGAUGGGGGUCAUUUACUUCAUGCUGUUCGGAGAAGCAGUUUCCAUAUAUCUGUUCUUAACGCUCGCGUAUUCAAGCCUCUGGUGGGUCGCCAUCCUUUAUGGGAUUUGGAUGCUGAGGGAUAUUGAUAUAUGUAGCCGCGGCGGACGGAAAUCAGAAUGGGUGAGAAACUGGCGAUGGUGGCGAUAUUAUUGCGAUUAUUUCCCAAUCAAACUAGUCAAAACAGUUGAAUUAGAUCCCGACCGUAACUAUAUGUUCGCUAUCUUUCCUCACGGUGUCCUUUCUUUUGGAGCUUUCGGAGCCUUCUGUACGAACGCAACUGGCUUCCAAAAACUAUUCCCGGGCAUGAGCAGUCACUUCAUCACCUUAGGUGGACAUUUCUUAGUUCCUUUCUUCAGAGACUUCGGCCUUGCUCUGGGGAUAUGUUCGUCUUCAGAAGAGAGCUUACUCCAUUUACUGGACCAGAAAAAAUACAAAGGGAAUUGUGUGGCAAUGACAGUAGGCGGUGCAGCCGAAGCCCUGGAUGCUCACCCGAAAGCGUAUAAAGUGAUAUUAAAAAGAAGAAAAGGGUUUAUUCGCGUUGCUAUGAAGUCUGGGUCGCCUAUAGUGCCAGUAUUUUCCUUUGGUGAGAAUGAUCUGUAUCGUCCUCUUAGCAACCCAGAGAACAGUCUUCUACGACGAUUCCAGGAGAAGGUCCGCAAGAUCACCGGCAUUUCCCCCAUGUUCCCUCUGGGACGUGGCGUGUUCCAGUACUCAUAUGGCGUGGUGCCUAUGAGAUCUCCUGUUACCACUGUCGUCGGAGCACCAAUGGAAGUUAAGAAAAAUCUAGAACCCACACCUGAGGAGAUAGAUGCUGUCCAUGCCGAGUUCACUACACGCCUGGUUGCUCUAUUCGAAAGCGAGAAGAAGAAAUACUUGAAGUACCACAAAGACGCACAGCUGAUCAUAACAUAG